GCGGCGGCACCUCCGGGCUCGCGCCUCCGCCGGCACCGGGCGCUCCCGGCUCCUCCCGCAGCGCGCGCCCAGGCAGCGCCGAGCCGCCCGGGAAGGGGCGGGCGGGCAGGUGGGUAGGUAGAUAGAUAGGUGGAUAGAUUAGAUAGAUAGAGGAGAGCCGGCUGGGUCCCGGUGCCUCCUGACCGUCAUGGCCGGCUCGGAGCAGCCGGCGCCGCGGGAGGACGGGGAGACGCCGCUGCCCAUCGAGGACGCGGAGCUGGCGCUGGCCGGCAUCAACAUGCUGCUGAACAACGGCUUCCGCGAGUCCGACCAGCUCUUCAAGAAAUACAGAAACCAUAGCCCAUUAAUGAGUUUUGGAGCCAGUUUUGUCAGCUUUUUGAAUGCCAUGAUGACAUUUGAAGAAGAGAAAAUGCAACUGGCAUGUGAUGACUUAAAGGCUACAGAGAAACUUUGUGAAAGUGAAGAAGCUGGAGUUAUAGAAACAAUCAAGAAUAAAAUUAAAAAGAAUGUUGAUGGACGAAAAUCCACUCUAUCCAUGAUAGAUCGUCUACAAAGACAAAUAAUUGUAGCAGACUGUCAAGUCUACUUGGCUGUGCUCUCAUUUGUAAAACAAGAGUUAUCAGCUUACAUAAAAGGUGGGUGGAUACUCCGAAAAGCCUGGAAAAUUUACAAUAAGUGCUAUACGGACAUUAACACACUUCAGGAAAUAUAUCAGAAGAAAACAACUCAGGAAUCCUUGACUUCUGAUGCUGCAAAUGAUAAUCAUAUUGCUGCAGAAGGUGUAACGGAGGAUUCGCUAAACAGACUGAAAGGUGCUGUUAGCUUUGGAUAUGGACUUUUUCAUCUUUGCAUAUCCAUGGUGCCCCCAAACCUGCUCAAAAUCAUCAACCUGCUGGGUUUUCCUGGAGACCGCCUACAGGGGCUUUCCUCACUGAUGUAUGCAAGUGAAAGUAAGGACAUGAAGGCCCCUUUAGCUACAUUGGCUCUCUUGUGGUACCACACAGUGGUUCGCCCCUUUUUUGCCCUUGACGGCAGCGAUAACAAGGCAGGAUUGAAAGAGGCAAAAGAAAUUCUUGCAAAAAAAGAAUCUGCUUAUCCAAAUUCUUCUCUGUUCAUGUUCUUCAAGGGAAGGAUACAGCGAUUAGAGUGUCAAAUCAAUAGUGCCUUGACCUCAUUUCAUACUGCUUUGGAGCUUGCAACAGACCAAAGGGAGAUUCAGCAUGUCUGCUUAUAUGAAAUAGUUUUGCUUCUAGGUUGGUGCAGCAUGAUAGAGAUGAACUUCAAAGAUGCGUUUGAAUCCUUCGAAAGGCUUAAAAAUGAAUCCAGGUGGUCCCAAUGCUACUAUGCUUAUUUAACAGCAGUGUGUCAAGGAGCCACUGGUGAUGUCAGUGGUGCUCAGAAUGUGUUCAAGGAAGUUCAGAAGCUUUUCAAAAGAAAAAACAAUCAAAUAGAACAAUUUUCAGUGAAAAAGGCAGAUAGAUUUAGAAAACAAAUGCCGACCAAAGAGCUGUGUGUCCUGGCAUCCAUUGAAGUAUUAUACUUAUGGAAGGCCCUUCCAAACUGUUCCCUCUCGAACUUACAGCAUAUGAGUCAAGCUUGUCAGGAUGUUGAUGAUUCAUCGGCUGUUGGUUUGAGGAAUUUGCUUCUUGGUGCCAUACACAAAUGUUUAGGAAAUUCUGAAGAUGCCGUUCAGUACUUUCAGCGAGCUGCAAAAGAUGAACUCUGCCGUCAAAGUAACUUAUACGUCCAGCCAUAUGCUUGCUAUGAACUUGGCUGUAUUCUGUUAGACAAUCCAGAGACUGUGCCAAGAGGCAAAACCUUACUGCUCCAAGCCAAGGAGGAAUUUUCUGGCUAUGACUUUGAGAACAGAUUGCACGUCCGCAUACAUGCAGCCUUAGCCUCUCUAAGGGAAGUAGUUCCACAGUGACGAACAGCAAGUCUUGUUAUCCUUUCCCACAGUUUCUGCACUUUAAGAUGAAGCAGAAGAAAGAGCUGUUGGGAAGACCAGCUUUUCUUCUGAAAACCACUUGUGCCAGAGACACUUUCCCAGUAUGGUCAGAGUUGGUAUGGCUUAGUAAAACAUUACAAUUUUAACUAAAGGUAAAUCAACCAGGAAGAAGGUUAAGUGACCUUGUGUUUUUAAUUCAUUGUUUUUUAUUUUGUUUAAACCAAGCUGAACACAAUUGCUUGCAACUGUGGGUGAGCCUAAAGAAGCACACGUAAUUUACUUAAACAAUAUUGGCAAAUGUGAUUUUUACCUUUUAAAACAGAUCUAGAUCUAAAAUAUGCUAAGGGGAGCACUUCUGGUUUGAUUAGAAUAAUACAAUAAAAGUAAUUGGUGUAAAUUUUGAAGUUGGAAAUGGUCAGAAUACUUCUUUUUCUUUACCCAUUUGCCAAUACACAGGAGGAGGAAAACUGUUCAGCCACAAAAAGCAGAUCUUACUGAAUUUUAGUGGCUUAUGUUGGUUACCUCAUGAUUACUAAUGUGUGAAUUUUAAACCUCUCAUUGCCUUCCAUUUUUUGUCUCAUCCCUCCCAACCCAGCUCAGAUUCAUGAUAUGAAUUUAUGUCAAUGUUUAUGAUCACUGCUUCUGGUACAUUCCAGCCAAAUACUUGGACAUGCAGUUACAGCGUGGGCAGUUCUUAUUUCCACUCUUAAUUUUCUGAAUGUAAUGUUAAAAUACAUAGGCCACAUACAGUAAUUUUAUGUAUUUUUCAUUCAAGCUGUUCAAUCUUUGUAGCGGUGACCUUUACAGGUAUUUAAAAAAAAAAAGGAAACCAAAACACAAACCCAAAAAUUUGCUUUGGUAGUUACACCAAUACUACAAUAUCCUGAGUCUCUGUAUGGUAUUUCAAACCUGUGGUGUUAAGAUAUUGCUAUACCUCAGAGAGCUUAAAACUUUUCUCAUGACCAUAUAAUUUUUAAUACUUGGCCAUCUGUGUGCUUAUCUGUAGCUUUUUUUACAUUGCCUGUAAUACGUAGUAUUUUCUUAUGUUUUAUAUUCAGUUAAUACCAUAUUCUAGGAAGGUAAAUAUUUUUUAAAAGAAGCUUACGAAUGGAAAUCUGACCAGAAAGUUAGUUGAAUUAUAUUACUUUGCAAAGCUAAGAAAAGUGGAUAUCCUUGGAAAGAGUUGCCACGGCCCGAGGGGAAAAGGGAAUAGGGAUGCGGCACCACACAAAAGGGUUCAGACGCAGCCAAGGGUCUGGGUGCAAUGCCAAUUUAUUAAGGGGACACAGGGACUUAUAUAGGGUAAGUCUGAGGGGAGGAUUCAUAACUGGGGAGGUGCAUGGGACUGACAACCAAGGGUGAGACAGGAUUGGGAGACAGGGGAAAGGUGGGUGUGACUUGUGGGUAUCCAGGGGAAGGGACCAAUGGUAGCUCACUCUGCACUGCGGCAACUCUCAGCCAAUCAGUGACAGAGGAGCGGGAAAGCAGGGGAGAAGAGGGGAGUAAACAGCUUUUGGAGGGAAAAUCUGAGGGACUGAGGGGAAUAACAUUGGGGUACAUUAAACUUAAUAUAAAACCAAUGAUGAACUGGGGAAUAACAGUCAGUCCAAUAAGAUAUCAGUCCAUUCAAGCUCCAUAAAUGUCUCUCCAUGCUUGAAAUCUUUCCCAAUCAGAUUUCUCAUUCUCCUCCUCUCCCCCUUCUUUGUUUAUGGAAGCAGUGUUGACAUCGAUACUCUUUAGGAGCAACUUGCGGAUACAUAUAAUAAAGCAAGGCAAACAGGUUAAAAAUGCAGUGAGGGCACACACGGAGAUCAUAAUCAUGAUUAAUAUCUUUCUUGACCAUUUGGGAAGUGAGGGAAGGUUUAGCCAAUCAAACAAUCCAUCCAACCCCUCACUGUGGGAUUGGUGGAUAUCUUGAACUAAGUUCUUUAAUUGAUUGAUACUUUGAUGAAUCGACUGUGCAUGAUCAGAAAAAUUCAUGCAGCACAUGCCUUCAAACUCCUGGCACCCAUGCCCGUGUGCCAGGAGUAAGAAGUCAAUGUCUGCACGAUUUUGUAAACUGAUUUCUUUUAAUUUUUGGGUAUCCGCUAGCAGGCCUUCGAUCGCUGUGGUGGUGGCAUUGGCUUCCUUGGUCAGCCAGCAACCAAGGUGGGUCAAUAGGGAUAGGGCAUGGGCUGUUCCUAUCCCCGGGAUGAGGAAGGAAGCCCAGAAGUUUUUCAUGCGGGACCAGAUGUGGAUGUUGGAAUCGCAAUCCGCAGGGAAGGGUAGGGGAGGUGGCGGAGUGACAAUCCCAGCAUCCACACGUGGUGCCGCAACGGUAAGGGGAUUAGUAAUUUUUGUUUUUGGGCUGGUAGUAGGUGGUGUUACUUUCUUUGGCUUAGGAAAUCUAAGCGGAGCACCCAUGGCAAAAGAUAGGGAUCUUUUAACUCGACUUUUAGGGGUAGAAGAUUGAUCCAAUAAUUUAAAUUUCACUGGGUUAAAAAGUGCCAAUUUUCCUACUGUGCAGGGGCCCCCUUCUGGGUAGGCAGGAAUACCCAGGAACCUGAGGAUUUUUGAAUCACGAACACUGGAGUGUUCCAGGGACAGGUGGAAGACUCCAGGUGCCCUUUAGCCAAUUCUUGAUUCACAAGGUCAUUUAGAAUUUGCAGCUUUCUUUUAGGUAGGGGCCACUGAUCUACCAAAACAGGGGUUUCGGUCUUCCAGCUAAGUUUGGGCAGCUGCACCUGCUCAGUGACCCCCCCUAAAAAUUUUCCUCCGUUCUCAAAGUUAACUGCCACUGUUCCAUGGCAUCCCGUCCCCAUAAUGUUAUUGGAAUAUUCAGAACGUACAGUUGCAGAGAUGCCGGCCUGCCCUCCAGCCCAUACACUGUCAAUACCUCACGACUCCUGACGGGGUGUUGCGACCCUCCCACACCGCUUACUCUGGUGUCUGUAGACUGAGCUGGCCAGCCGCACGGCCAGUCUCUAGAGGCUAGGAUGGUGACGUCCCCUCCCGUGUCUAACAAUCUCUCCACCUUAAUUUUCUGCGGGUGCCUAGGUGUAGAAAAAUAAAUAAGACAAGUUAAAAGAGGUCGUGAGGUCCUCACUGAGGUUGCCCAAUUGACUUCCUUCAGUGAUUCAUUCCUCUGUUCCUCGUCCUUGGACACCACGCAGAGAAGAUCAUCGGUGGAGAUCAUCUUGGCGACGGUAAAGUGGCUCUCUAGCUGUACAGGUGGGAGAAGCAGUUAGACACACAGCGAUGUUAUCAUUGGUCAACCCUGUCAGGAGAGUGGGAACUACAACAAUGCCUCUUUCCACAGCUGAAAAGUGAGAGAUGACUAAAUAUGUCUUGUCCGGGUUCACAUUAGCAGAUGGCCUGACCCUGGCCAGCUGCUCAUAGGAACUUAAAUGAAUUGAAGGGUGUAUCACUGAUAGUAUAAUCCAUUUUAGCGGGGUACACUGAUGUUUAAUGGGGACUGGAUCUGCUGGAGGCUCCUGCACUACGGGGUAGCUGGACGCAGUGUCGGGCGCAGGAUGGAACAGAGCUGAGGGGAUAUUUGUGUCAACGUGCCCCCCUGAGCGCUCUGCCCUCCGUUUCCCGAAUGCUCACAAGAGCACGGGCGAAGAUCUGGUAAAGAGCUGAAUGUUACUUCUCUCUUUAGCCCUGGGGAUUUUCUGGGGGGAGGGGCUCGCCAUUGAUGUUUGUUAAUGACCUACAAUUACAGGACCAAUGGCGGCCCUUCCCACACCUCCGGCAGAGUGUUUUGGGGAUGUUUGGUUCGAGUGUUAAUCUUGGACAGUGCUUUUUAAAGUGUCUCUUCUGCCCGCAAUUGAAACAUGAUUGUGACCCGGUGAGAGCAGCGGCCAAUAGACGUGCUUUAUGGGAGCCUGAGCCAAUAUUCUUGCAAGCGUCUAUCAUUUCAAGCAGAGAUGGUUUUUUUAACAUUUUCAAAGCUUUUUGGCAGUCCUCAUUAGCCUUUUUGAUUACCAAUUUGUUAAAUAAAAUUUCUUGACUCUCCUUUUGCUGGACUUGCCGGCUAAUUGCCUCCUUUAGUCUUGUAAUAAAGUCCACAAAAGGUUCUUUAGGGCCCUGAUUAAUUAAUGUAAAAGAGGGGGUCUGGACAUAGGCGUCCGCCACCCUCUUGACUGUCUCCAUUGCCAAUUCUUUUGUAACAUCUAAAAAUUUUGGUUCAAUUCUGGCCUGAUCGUUUCUGCUUGAAUAAUUUCCCUCACCAUAAAGCAUGUCUAUGGCCUGUCUCACCGGGAUCCCCCUUUGUUCCAUUUUUUCAUUAACAUAAGUAGUAAUCAGCUUUUUCCACUCCGUUUCAAAAACAGAUGAUUGGAUGGUGGAAAAAAGUCCGUUCACUACCGCCCAUAUAUCAUAAGGAAUUAGUCUGUAAGCUAAGAAAAAUGACUCUAGGAGGCCGAUGGUAAAAGGCGCACCUAGCCCAUACUGUACUAUCGCCGCCUUUAUAUCCUUCAGCAUGGGAUAGGAGAUAGACCUCCACUCCGGGGCCUUGCCCUCUUCCAAGUACAUAGGGAAUGCUUUAAGAAAGUCUACAUCAUUUGCCUGCGCAGCCUCUUCCCUGAAGGCUUUCCAGAUGUUAGGCUGUUUUGAUUGCCUCUCGGGGAGUGCUGCGAGUAAUCCGUAUCCGAGUCAGGGUAGCGGCAGGCGGGGUAGGCCUUGGUGGUACAGGCCCUAUGGGCGCGGCCAUGUUGCCAGAAACUGGACUUGACCUUUGCCCUGGCCCUGCCCCUCGCUACCCUUCCUCCCUGGAGGGAGGUUUCUCUGGUGAAGAGGCGGAACUGGAGGGAGAGGGCGUGUGUGUGGGCAUGUCGAGGGAGGGGUCCCUGACAUGCGCAGGUGGGGGCGGAGGCAGUCUGGAGGGUGGUACCGAGGGGGCCUGCCCCCUCUUUUCCCGCCCUGGUGACUCCCGCAGCGACUUUUCCUGCCUUUGCUCCUCACGCUUUCUGCCUCCCUCCUUCCUGACGCCAUUUUGUGCAUGCCGUGAGGUGGUCUUUCCUCCCCUCCCGCCAUCUUGUGUCUGUAUCAGUCCUGAUUUGGUGGUCUCACGGAGGCUGUCGUUCGUGCUCAUCAUUUGGUGCCUGUAGCACCAUCAGAACAAGCCUCCAGGCUGUCAACGCCUCCUUCGCUGUCCGGUCCCCCCUGUCAUUAUCUCGCCACAGGCUGUAGCCAAUGGCUUGCCACUGGUCUACAGAGGUGUCUUCUGUAAGUCUGUGACCUUUGUGGUCCAGCCACUUGGCGAGUGUUUCAGCAGAUUUUUUAUCUAGGGGGUGACCGUGCUCAAUGAUGAAAUCUUUUGAGGCGUCUGUAAACAAACUUUUGGGAGGUGGACAGCAAGAGUCCCAUUUUGAUGUUAUAAAGACUUCUGCGACAGUCCUUGGUGUUACUAUUCCUUCCUUUUUUGUUUUUUGGGUGAGGGUGUCGGGGUGGGAAGUGGACUGUCCCCAGCUGCUCACCUUCUUCUGGUGUGUCGACCCGUGCGACUCCGCAGCCCACAGUCGUCCGUCCAGCUGGGGGGGACCAGCGGGAUGAUCACCACUCCUGAUGAUCUCUCAGCCCAAGUGAGGAUGCACGAGUUCUCUCAAUAUGAGAGACAUUCAACUGCGCCCCACGUUGGGCGCCAUCUGCCACGGCCCGAGGGGAAAAGGGAAUAGGGAUGCGGCACCACACAAAAGGGUUCAGACGCAGCCGAGGGUCUGGGUGCAAUGCUGAUUUAUUAAGAGGACACAGGGACUUAUAUAGGGUAAGUCUGAGGGGAGGAUUCAUAACUGGGGAGGUGCAUGGGACUGACAACCAAGGGUGAGACAGGAUUGGGAGACAGGGGAAAGGUGGGUGUGACUUGUGGGUAUCCAGGGGAAGGGACCAAUGGUAGCUCACUCUGCACUGCAGCAACUCUCAGCCAAUCAGUGACAGAGGAGCGGGAAAGCAGGGGAGAAGAGGGGAGUAAACAGCUUUUGGAGGGAAAAUCUGAGGGACUGAGGGGAAUAACAUUGGGGUACAUUAAACUUAAUAUAAAACCAGUGAUGAACUGGGGAAUAACAGUCAGUCCAAUAAGAUAUCAGUCCAUUCAAGCUCCAUAAAUGUCUCUCCAUGCUUGAAAUCUUUCCCAAUUGGAUUUCUCAUUCUCCUCAAAGAGUUAUCUAAAAGCCUUAUCUUUACUUUGGUCAGGUUGCCUUAAACAGUUCCGUAGCUUAAACUUUUUUUUCUUCUUACCUUUUUGGAAACCAUGUUGCCAAAGUUUUAGACCUUGCUCACACCUGAUCUUCAUUGAUUUGCUUUUGAGGUUACAUCUAAAGCAAGACUGAUAUGGAGGAGAGAAGUAAUGUCCUAUUUCGUAGGCCAGAUGAAAUGGUUGAGACACUUAUUUCUCUCUAGAAAUACUCAGUUCUGCUAUGAAAGGCGUUCCUAGAGCAGGUAAACACUUCUGUUGCAGUUCCUGAAGGAGAGGAGGGACUCUUAAAAAAAGCAGUUUUAUUUUUCUAUAAUCUAGGUGUGUUACAGAUAGUACACUGGAGUUUUUGUAUUCCAUUUUGACAGUAAUGAGGCAUAAAUGAGUGUUCAACCUUAUCUGGUCAAUCCAAAUAUGUAUUGACUAGAAAAUGGUAUAUUGUAUAUAUAUAGUGACUGCUUAGAGUUCAAAAAAUUAUUUUAAAAAUGGGCUUUAAGGUACUUGAAAUCUUAUUUUGUCGUAUCUGACUUUUAAUGUUUUGCAAUCAGAGACACAGUCUAUUCUGGGUAAAUAGGUGGAAACAGUACAGUACUGGCAAAAAUCCUUUACACUCGUUAAAUAUAUGAGACUAGGCUGUUCAGGACACAAAGCACCUGCAUGCGAUUUGUGUUGGGAUAUUUAAGGUCUGCAUACUUGGAGGUAGCUGGCAAAUUGUAGUAAAUUUACUAAAAGGCCUGUUCUCACCAGGCCAGGAGUGGGAAAGACACUAUAUGUUCAUGUAACAGUUUAAUAACUGUGCAAAUUGCGGCUUUUCUGUGGACUUAGCAAAUCAUCACAGCUGUAUGUUUCUAUAUUAAUUAUUUUUUCCUUCUCCUCGUAGGAGAAUCUCCUACAUUGUAAAUUGCAAAAUUAUUUUUUAUGUUAGAUUGUGCCUGUGAUGAGAAAAAUCUCAACGGUAUUUUGUGUUAACUGUCAAGUUUUUAUACUUUGGAACUCGGAGGCAUGGUCUAAUAGCAAUAAUGGAAUAUGCAUCUUGCUAGUUAAUAUGUUAAGGCCAUCUUUACUGGGACAGGUUAUUUUUUGUUGAUGUUGAUGCAGUUUUUAUCUCAAUAUGACUCCUUUCAAAUAAAUAACUAGACUUUUUAGAUGUCACAAGGUGGCAUAUUUAUUGUGAUGUACUGUAAACGUUGUUAAUUUACAGAAAUUGCACUUUUAUAUUUCUGAGUAAAAUUAAAAGAAAUGUGGACAUG